AUGCAGGGAUGUCUGUUUCCUCGUCUGCCAGAUGAAAUUGGGUGGGAAUGUCUGGUGAGGGUGGAGUUGAACUCUCAUCACAACCUCACCUGUGUCUGCAAAAGCUGGAACGCCGCAUUGAAAAGCCCCCGCUUUUAUCAAGACAGAAAAAGAUUGAAGAUUUCAGAGCAACGGAUUUGUAUGCUCCAGUACAUAGACGGCAAUUGGGACAUAGUGGUAUACGACCUGGAGAAGAACUCCUGCAAAAGUCUACCGCACAUUCCCGGUCAAAUUUACGACCGCUGUCACUGCCAUGUCGUGAAACAAAAACUGGUUUUGAUUGGGAAUGCCUAUGGAAAAUGUUUAUGGUUUUAUGAUUUUGCUUGUUCGGAAUGGCGGGAGGGUGCCGGAAUGCCGGAAUGCCGAGAUGGAUUUGCCUCCGCAGCGGACGAGGAGAGGGGACUGAUUUAUGUGGGUGGAGGGUUUCGGUCCUCAAAGUAUGGCCUCACUAGCGCUUCAGUUUACAAUGUGGAGGAGGACAGGUGGGAUCUCCUCCCUGAUAUGAACACCUGUAUGGAUGACUUUACAGGUGCUUUUGCUGACGCCAAGUUUUAUGUAAUGGGCGACAAUUACUGCCGCACCAUUGAGGUUUUUGAUUCCUACACAAGAAGCUGGAAAACUAUGGAGAUCAGAUUCAACAGUGUCAGUGCAGUGUGCUUCGUAAGUGCGUUUCAGCGCUUGUACUGCUUUUCUGGUAUGGGAUUGAUUGAAUAUGACUAUACACAAGAUAAACUGAACAUUGUAGAGACUUUUCCCACGGAGGAUUGGCACAUAACUAUUAUUUUCACUGUAGUGGUUGGCCAUAACAUCUUUAUUUGCAGAAGGGAUCGCUUUGAAGGUCAAACGUUUUGGUUGCUCACACCUCCAAGUGAGAGAGGAGGAGGAGGAGCAUUCAAGUGGACUGGCAUUGAGAGACCAUUGGGCUCCCAGGGUUACGCUAUAAAUGCUGCUACCUUGGAUCUUUGA